UGUUAUAAAUUGAACUAAAUUUUUUUUAACUAAAUAAUGGACAACAAAUAUGAUGAUAAUUAUGUUGAAAGUGAUGAUAAAUGCAAUAAAAUCAAUGAAUCAAAUAAACAUCAAUCAAUUGAUCCGUCGACCACACAAUCGCUGAACCAAACGUCAACUAAUUGUCUACUGAUUGACAUUUCGUCAGACACUCCAGCCAUUGAAUAUGAAGAGAUCAAUGACUACAUUAAGGGUGAAAUGUUAGGCUCAGGUAGUUUUGCCGUUGUCUACGAGUUUGUUGACAAACGGACACUCGUGCGCCGAGUGGCCAAAGUUAUCGGUCGUGGAGUCAUCAAAAAGGAUAGCAAAGGACUGAUCAGACGUGAGAUUGAUUUGGUAUUUAAAUUGCAACACAAAAAUGUCAUCAAAUUUAUCGAUGUCUUCGAAACGUUUAUCGAUAUCUAUAUAUUUAUGGAGUAUUGUGUCGGACCACUCAGUGAUAUCCUUAAAGAAGCCCUUCCUCAAGGAUUACCCAAAUGGCAAUGUCAUCAUUAUUUUGUUCAAGUGAUCGAUGGACUCAAAUAUCUGCAUUCAAAAGGAGUAUAUCAUCGGGACAUUAAAGAAGACAAUCUGUUGGUCAACAAUUCGCAUGACAUCAAAAUCAUAGACUUUGGUGUCAGUUAUGUGGUCGAAGAUUUCUCCGCCACUGAUCUGAUUUAUAAUGAAAUACAGGGAUCACCCUAUUAUAAUCCACCUGAGCUCCAAACAGAUCUACCAUUGAUAAGUGGCUCCAAAUUUGACAUCUGGUCUACUGGUGUACUGUUGUUCCGAUUGGUAACCAAUAGCUAUCCGUUCCUUACGAAUGGUGAAGACAUUUUCAAUAAGAAUUCGUAUAACUUUAUUCGCUAUCCGGAUAUCAUAUUAACGGAUAAACUGUUGCUUAAUCUAUUCAAAGGGAUAUUUAUAACGGAUUAUAAUAAACGGUUCACAUUUAGUGACAUUGAAGAACAUCCAUGGAUUCAAUUCAAACAUCCGACUGAUUGCGAGCCGCGAAUCGAGUUCAAGUCAAAAGAGACGGGCGAUGAAUACAGAGGUAUGACUUUGUUACCGAAACUACGGUUCAAAUAUGAACGCAAAUUGCAAUACUCGGAUCUGACCAGUGAAGCCAACUUAAGGACUGAUCGGGUGAGAGACAGGAGACAAACUGCCGACGGAAGACAUACACCAAUGCAACGGUUAAUACAAUUUGGUUUAUUGGAUCUCAAUUAG